AUUUGUUUCUCUCGCUCGCUCGUCUCGCUGUCUGUGAAGGAAGAAGGAAGAGCAAUGGCGACGCUGUACCGCCGCGCGCUCACACUGCACACAGGAGCCACAGCACUCACUAUUUUUACUCUGAUUCUGCUGGGAAGAAGCUCUUGAAGGGUUCAGAGGCGAUCAAACUCAGUAAAGCAGAUAUGCUUUUGCAUGGUCACGUCCCAACCCAUGAGGAUAUCAAACCCGUCGCUUGCGAUGCCUGCAACAAAGUCGUUGAGCCUCAGGACGUCCUGACUCAUUACAGUAGUUGGGGAAUAGUUGAACAGUGAGUAGAGAGGAGCGCGUCCACCUCGAGCCCUCCAGAGCCAUGCAUAGCAAGAACCAAAGGAGACACUGUUCGCCCAGCAGCUCCAGGACCCCUCUGGUUCCUGUCAAGGCCAAGAUGUCGGUGGGCCAGAGCGAGGUGGAGCCCCUUCCCUUCAGGGUUCCUCGUGAUUACCCACACUCACGCUUCAGCAAGGCACCGCUGGCCGUCUAUCCACCCAAAGGAGCCCGAGCCAAGGCCUGCGUGUCUUUGCCUGUGGUGAGUCUGGAGAAGAUGCCGUGUUUCAGCCGGAAAGAGGGAGCGCACAUCAAAGUCCCCUCCACGUCUCCCACGGCGGGGUCUUCUCUUUCUUUCUCUUCCUCGUCUUCCUCUCCAUCUUCCGCUCCUCUCAAGUCCUCCUUGACGUCACCAGCAUCUCACAAGAAUCAGGAGAAGUUUGUGAACGGUCGCGGUCCUGUGACGCCUCGCUCCACCACGCCCCCCUCGCUGAUUGACAGGCGGCCCAGCCCAUCACGGUCGCCCUUGGAGAAGCGGCCCGCCCCCUCAGCCUCUCCACAGGACAGGAGACCCACUGCCUCCACCUCUCCGUCUCCUUCCCUGUCGGACCGCAGACCAAUAGUCCCUCCUUCUCCCCCAGACAAGAAGCAUCAGAACGGAGCCAAAGGCGUGCGGCAUCGAAGAGUGUCGGGGAGAGUGUUUGAUCCUAAUAAACACUGUGGGGUUUUGGACCCAGAGACAAAGCGGCCUUGCACUCGAUCUUUAACCUGUAAGACUCAUUCUCUAACCCAUCGGCGAGCCGUGCUGGGACGGAGAAAAGAUUUCAACAUCCUUCUAGCGGAGCAUAAGGGGCGGGCGAAGGAGACGGGGCAAAAAAAGGAAGCUCAAGCAGGCAGCCAAUCAGUGCUGGUCACACAGUCACAUGAUGCAGCAACCAGCCUAUCCACAAGCUACACUAAUGCCAAGACCACGCCCACUCUCAAACUGCAGCUGGCCAAUUCACACUUUCACAGAGUGUCUGGCGGCGGUGCAAUGGUGUUCAGCUCUGCGCCCGUUCCUCCUCCUGAACCUGUGCCCGGCUGGCAGCGAUGCAGUCAGUCCAGCGAUGAAGGAGAAACUGACCCCCCUGAGGAGUCAGAGAAGCUGCUGUGCCCCUCUUCUCCACAGCAUCCGCGACCCCUGAGCUGUUGUGCGUUCAGCAGUCGCUUGAUGGGACGGGGUCACUAUGUUUUCGACCGGCGGUGGGACCGGGUUCGGCUAGCGCUCCACUGCAUGGUGGAAAAACACGUCAACUCUCUCAUGUGGAGGAAAGUGCCUCUAGCGGUGGAGAGUGUGACAAGCCCGACUGAGGUUUCUCCCCUCGGCUCUCCGUUCGUCUCCAACCAUGCACUCGCAUCUCCUCUGGACGGCGUCUCCAUGGUCUCGUACUCCACCUCUUUCUCUCAUAACGGCUCUGGGGUUUUCUGCAUCCGGGAUCCCGGACCCAGACCGCAGCGGAAUAAACCGGCCAAGCCGCCCAAAGCCUCAGGGGACGGAACAGGAUCUAAAAAGCGGAAAGCGCCUCCUGCCUCCGAGUCACGAAAGAGUGGGAGCAGCGGGAACAGCUACCAUCUGCCACUGGGUGCGGCGCACAUCAGUAACGGGACGGCGGCCCUUAGCGUGCGGGCCAAGCAGCGGCCGGGGGGCCAGGGGCCGAGGGACCAAGACAGGUACGGGAGCGUGGAGCUGUCCCUCCCGCAGGCGCUCACUGGGGAUCACGGGGACGUCUCGUCCCACAGCCCGCUGCCCUACGGAUCCUCUGAUGGGAGGAAGAGGAAGAGCUCUGGAUCGAGCGCCGGCAGCGACAAACCCAGCAGAAGCACCAAAUCCACAGCACUGGACGGGAUAUUCAGGAAGAGCAGCAGCGGUUUGCUGUCGUCAGUCGCCGAAUCGCCCCACAGCGCCCUCCACAGACAGCCCAAGGUCCCUCACUGAUGCGGUGUGAGUUUGAGAAGAUCUUGGGACGUCCUGUGAGACACUGUGUCUGUCCUGCCUUGAUCCCUCGCUGCCUCUUAUCACUCCACGGUUGAGUCACAUCCUUUGUGUCCUGCUUUCCAACAAUUUCUUCCAGAAUAAACUUUUCAUUUUCAUCUGUUUCAUGCAGAUUCAGAUUUUGUUUUUAACCAGUACACGACCCGUUUCAGACACUCAGCGACAUGGAGUUUUAUUUUUAUUUGGGAACAACACGAAGGGACGCCCUUCAGACUCAACCGUGUCAAUCUAAAGUGCACUUAAUUUCAAAUCUGAAAAGGACGGGAAAAACAUUUCAAACAAGGGAAUAUUUUACAGACGCUUUUUCGGCAAGUUGUAUUUUUCUAUAUGGAAUGAAUUCAGGUUUUUGACACACAAGUGUUCGUGGAUUUUUUUUUAAGACAGCCAGGACCCUGUUGUAAAGCAACUUUAACCGGUGAUGAGUUUUUUAUAAUAAUUUAUCCUUUAUUAAUUUUCUAACUGACCUGAAUAGUGCUUCAUACAUCGAGCAGAAGUGUAUUUGUAUGCCUUUUUAAUAGUUUAAAGUAUUAUAGAGACCCUAUUGUUGGAAAUGUGUGUACAUAUCUUUUAUUAUAAUUGUUUUGUAUUUAUUGCUCGUGUCUCUCAGAGCUUUCUAUCUUCCUCAGUCAUAUGUAUCUUCAUAGACCUAAAGAUGGUUGGUUAUGAAAGGGCCUUGCAUCAUUCGCUUGUUUCAUUUCUACUCUCUGGUUAUGGUUUUUUUAAGGAAUACUAACUGAAAUGAUCCCAGUGUUUUCUAGAGGAAAGGUACAUUGCUGUGAGCCAGGUCUGUGUGCAGUUUUGUUGUUAGGUCAUAUUAUGUGCACCUUUUAGUGUCUAACCAUCAGAAAUGAAGACCUUCUCUAAUGAUUUUUAAGCAUUAUAAUAAAUUAUAUGACAAUAAUGGAAAGUCCCAUUCUCACUGUAUAUUAAGUUUUACAAGGAAACUGCAGCAGUGAAAUAGAUUGUAAAUGGCAUUUCAAGUUGACAUCAAAGGUUAACAUCAAUAAUAAUGAUUAUUUCCAAACAGGUUUCCUGAUCAUUCCGGGUUUUGCAAUUCAGCUCCAUUUCCUCUUGUUUAAUAUCUGAGAAGGUCUUCAUCGCUAGCAUAAGAAUUUGAAUAUUUAAAGGAGUAGUUCACCCAAAAAUGAACGUUUUCUGAAAAUGCGCUCACUCUUAGGGCCAUCCAAGAUGUAGAUGAGUUUGUUUCUUCAUCAGAUUUGGAGAAACGUAGCAUUGCAUCACUUGCUCAGCAAUGGAUGCUCUAUUGUGAAUGGGUGCCGUCAGAAUGAGAGUCCAUACAGCUGAUUAAAAAAUCACAAUAAUCCACAAUAUCAUGGAUUAUGGACUCAUAUUUCAGUUGGGAGCAAUUUUUGUAAAUUUAAAUCCUCUUAAUGAUGAUUUUUUUUCUUAAAAACACAUAUUUUCGGUUCAUAAAAUGUUAACCGAUGGACUGGAGUGGUGUGGAUUGCUUGUGGAUUAUUGUGAUGUUUUUAUCAGCUGUUUGGACUCUCGUUCUGACGGCACCCAUUCACUGCAGAGCAAGUGAUGCAAUGCUACAUUUCUCCAAAUCUGAUGAAGAAACAAACUACAUCUACAUCUUGGAUGGCUUGAGGUUUUUUUUUUAGCAUAUUUUCAGUUUUGUCAAAACUAUUGCUUUAAGGAGGCAGAACUUCUGUAAACAUCCCUUUUUGCACGUUUUUUUUUUUUUUUUUUUUUUUUUUUAUAAAAAAGUAUUGAUAUAUGAAUUUAUGAGGAGACAUAAUCAUGUAUAGUUGUCCAGACUGUGCAGAGACGAUUCGCUCUGUGAACCCAGCUUGUGUUUGCUGUGACAGCUUUUGUUUUUACCCCAGAUUAUUACCGUGUUGCCUUGCUGCCAGUGCAAAACUAUCUGUAGUUCAGCUACCAGAGCUAGAAACAUACCCCGGAUCCCUUCCACCACAUCUUUUAUGUGUGAAGUGCUUCCUUAUGAUUUUGGCGCUGUAAUGUUUUGUAGUCAAGGGGCAGUGAAGUUCCCCAAUCCACACCGCAUCUUUAUCAUCACAAAGAAGAAAACUGCCUCCAUGAGGAUGUUCGGUUACAUGUUUUGCCUUUUCCCAUUGCACAUUAAUCAUAAGAGAUUUUUCUAAGGAAUUAUUGACAUCAUUAUAUUUAUAUAUAUAUAUAUUAGACUAGAAUAGAAAGACCACUUAAGACCACUUAACUUGACCUCAUGACUCUUUGUUUUUCAUCCAGUAGUGCCACAAAUCUCUGUGUACUACAGUUCAUCAACAGGAGAUCUUGAACUGUAAUUAAGCUAUGAAGUAUUAUUAUUAUUAUUAUUAUUAUUAUUAUUAUUACAGGUCCUUGUAAAAUCAUCCCGCUUGUAGAAAUUAAUGAAUGUCACCAUGACACACAGUAGCAGUGCAAUUUUUUAUUUAUAGGUUUUUAUUUCUUUUUUGUUUGUUUUGUACUUAAAAUGUUUUAUUGUUUAAAUUAUUUUUAUUAUUUAUUUAUUUAUUUUUUAUUAUUAUUAUGGAAGCCCACUUGCAUCACGGAACAACAACAAUAAUAAUAAUAAUAAUAAUAAUAAUAAUAAUAAUAAUAAUAUUAAAAGGUAAUUGAGACUUUUUAUCUUGUAAUUUUGAAUUUUUAAUCACAAUUAUGAGUUUAUAUCACAAUUCUGAUUUUGUUUAAAAAGUUAUUGGUUUCCAUAAUGUGUGUGUAAAUAUAUAUAUAUACUUUUUUUUUUUGCAUUUGAAUUUUAUUUUUGUGUUCAUUCAUCGUUUUUUUAUUUUAUUUUAUUAUUUAAACUUUUUCUUUAGUAGCUUGAUUUUCAAAGGAAUGGGAGUGAGAUUCCAAUCAUAAUUGGUUUAAUUGGAAUAAUUGUAUAUUGUAAGCUACAUUUCCGGUUACACAUUGAACUCCGUAUCACAUAAAGUGUUUUCUGUGGAAGAUACACGGCUUGUUUCCACGUCAAGGGAAAUGCCUGAAGCAAUAUGAAUUAAUUCUGUAAUGUUCUCCAUUCUGUUCAGUUCGUCUACUGAUUUGUAUUGUUGCAUGUGUGCAUACUACUACUUUGCCAUUAUUAGUGAAUGUCAUUGCUAACGAGAUGGUUUGUCUUAACACUGCACAAGCAGCCCUGUUCAUGAGCUUAUUCUCAACCACUUUUCCUCUCACAGAUGCAUAUGUUGUAGAUAUUAUAGCCAUACUUCCAGCUCUUCAAUGUGACCCAGCCAUAACAAUUGUAAAGAUUUCGAAGGCCUUAUUUUUAUACCUGGACUAUUCGUAUAAGAGGUGUUAAUAGGCAUUUAUCUCAUUCCUAAGACAAGCUCAUGUGUCCUUUAUACUGUUUGUAUCCUGUUGGCCCAUGUGUUUUAAUGAAAUAGAUGUGUAUUUUCAGGUUUGAUGAUAUUUUGCAUUUCAGCUGUUACAGAAAUACAUUUUUCUUAACUGUG